AUGGCUGCCAAUCAACCCCUGAACGAUGCCAUCGUCAUUGGCAUCGACUUCGGAACUACAUUCUCGGGUGUAGCUUGGGCGUACUCUAGGGAACCUGACGAGAUUGAGAUCGUUACCAGCUGGGAUACGGAGCUGAAUCACUGCUCGGACGUCGAGAAGGCACCUACUCAGCUCUACUUUGAUGAAAACGGCCAGAAUGUCAAAUGGGGUUACUCUAUCCCCAUUGACAAGGAGCCACUCAAGUGGUUCAAGCUGUUGCUUAUUGAUCCCAAAGAUCUUCCUACCGAUGUUGCUCGUUCAAGCCAAUUGCAGGAAGCCCGUCGCCUGAAGAACAAGAUCAAGAAGGAACCUAUUGAAAUCAUCGCCACUUUCCUUCGCAAGCUCUGGGACCACUCCCUGGACUCCAUCAGACGUGCCGUAGGCGUCGACUUGCUGAAGAGAACCAAGCUCCAGGUGGUCAUCACUUUGCCUGCUAUCUGGCCUCCCUAUGCUCAACAGCGAAUGAAGCAAGCCUCUCAACAGUCUGGUAUUCUCGAUGGGCGUCCUGCUGGUGCAACUACCCUCCGAUUCAUCUCCGAGCCAGAGGCUGCUGCCCUCGCUACGAUCAAAGAUCAUGCUAAGCGAUCUAAUAUCCAGACCGGUGACACUAUCGUUGUCUGCGAUGCAGGAGGCGGCACAGUUGAUCUUAUCAGCUACAUUUUCGAAUCAACGGACCCUUUCGUUAUCAAAGAAUGUGUCAAGGGUGACGGCGAUCUCUGCGGAGGGGUCUUCCUUGACGAAGGCUUCAUCAAGCUCGUCAGGAAGAAAAGCCCUUCGGGUACUUGGGGGCCAGUGAGCAAUUCAGAUGAGAAAAAAUUCCUCAAUGAUCAGUGGGAGCAUGGCAUCAAGCCUCAGUUUGAAAAUCAAAAGAGGGCUUGGCCAGUCGAUCUUCCUGAGAGUUGCGGUCGCAAUCCCUCCCAAGGCUUGCGACGUCGUAUUACAACCGACCUCACCUCCAACGAAAUCUUGUCUGUGUUUUCUCCAAUUAUUGGCAAGAUCGAGAACCUUGUGAGCCGCCAAGUCGAUACUAUUCAGGAAAAAUACCACGAAGCGCCCAAGUAUAUCAUCCUAGUUGGAGGGUUUGGCCGAAGCCGUUAUCUCUUUAACUCUCUUGAGAACCGGUUCCAGUCCACCAUUCUGCAAUCUCGUGGAAACAAGCCGUGGACUUCCAUCUGCCGCGGCGCUGUCGUGCAAGGACUCCUUCAGCACAAUCCCUCUUCCAAUCUGGCUGUCAAUGUUGAAGCACGGAUUGCUAGAAUGAGCUACGGAGUUGGUUACAGCACUCCUUUCGUCGAAGGCGAGCAUGACGUGCGUGACAGGUUAUGGGAUGAGCAGGACCACAUCUUCAGGGCUAAUAAUCAGAUGCAAUGGUUUCUGAAAGAGGGCGAUGAUAUUUCGGAGAAGAGAUCGGUUCAUCUUGACUUCUAUCGCCUGUUCUCAGGCUCUAUGAUUGAUGUGGACACGCCAAUUUACUCCUCAACGACUUUCCCCCCUCCUUCGAGGAAAGACGACUCGAACAUUCGUUCUCUUUGCAGUAUCAAGUGGAACGAAGGAAUCAAUGCCAACAAGCUCCCCAAAUUCACCAACCCUCUUGGACAGGUCUUUUCAAAGUUCGAGUGGACGGUCAAGAUGGAUUGCGAAGACGGAACAGUAAACUUCACGGUUCAUCACAACGGGUCAAAAGUUGGCGAGCAGAAUGUUGAAGUCCAGUUCAGCUAG